AAAACAUUCUCUAAAUUGUCAUUGGUAGGCUGCUCUAAGUGGCGUCGUUUCUUCUUCUUCUUCGUCCUGAAUUUCUGUCAGUUUCCUUCCAGCUUUCGUCUAUAAGAUCGACGCUUUCAAGUUCAAGUCUUGACAAAGGCUCGAGCACGAAAAACAAAACUGGGUGCUAAAACCAUAGGAUCAUAUGGUUCCAAAGCUUCCUACCAACCUUCCCAGUCAGCUAGGCCUUAAAUUCAUGAAGGCAGCAUGCGAUUCUGGUGAUUUGCCACGCGCGCGCAACCUGUUCGAUAAAAUUGGCGAACCAGACCUACGCACGUGGACUGUCUUAAUCUCAGCUUACACUAGACAUGGACUUCCUAAGGAUUCUAUAAAGAUUUACUCUUUAUUGAGAGCACGGGAAAUCAAUCCCGAUAAGCUAGUACUUCUGUCGGUCGCAAAGGCAUGUUCCACUUUGAGGGACACUAUAAAAGCCAAAGAGGUUUACGAGGAUGCGAUUCGAUUCGGGUUUCAUUCAGAUACGUUAUUGGGUAAUGCGUUGAUUGAUAUGUUUGCUAAAUGUAAGUGUGUUGAAGAUGCGAGACGGGUUUUUGAUGAUAUACCAGUGAAAGAUGUGGUUUCUUGGACCACUUUGACGUCUUGUUACGUUACUUGUUGCCUACCUCGACGAGGUUUGGACGAAUUUCGCGAGAUGGUGUUAAAUAGAGUGAGACCGAAUGCGGUGACAGUUUCUUCUAUUCUGCCAGCGUGCUCUGAACUCAGAACUUUGAAAUUGGGAAGAGAGAUUCAUGGGUUUGUAGUGAAGCAUGGAAUGCAAGAGAAUUUAUUUGUUUGUAGUGCGCUUGUUAGCAUGUAUGCUAAUUGUCUAAGCAUGAGGCAAGCCCAAUUGGUAUUUGAUAACAUGUCUCAACGAGAUAUUGUGUUGUGGAAUGUAAUCUUAACAGCAUACUUCUCAAACAAAGAAUGUGAGAAGGGUCUUGAUUUAUUUUAUAAGAUGAAAUUCGACGGUGUCCAAUUGAACGAUGCUUCAUGGAAUGCUGUUAUUGGUGGAUGCACACAAAAUGGGAGAACUGAACAGGCGCUGGAGAUGCUUGGACAGAUGCAAAAUUCUGGUUUCAGACCUAAUCAGAUAACUAUUACCAGUGUCUUACCAGCUUGCACAGAUUUUGAAAGAUUGGGGACUGGCAAAGAGAUUCAUGGCUAUAUCUUUAGGAAUUGGUUUAUUGAGGACUUAACGACCACAACAGCUGUGGUUUUCAUGUAUGCUAAAUGUGGUGAUUUGGAACUCGCACGAAAGGUCUUCAGUCUGAUGCCAAAAAAGGAUACUGUUGCUUGGAACACAAUCAUCAUUGCAAACUCUAUGCAUGGGAAAGGAGAAGAAGCCUUGUUGCUUUUUCAGAAAAUGUUGGACUCAGGAACCAAGCCUAAUUCUGUUACUUUUAAUGGUGUUUUGUCUGGUUGUAGUCAUUCACUACUUGUUGACGAAGGCUUCUUAAUUUUUAAUUCAAUUAGAGAUUACUCAAUAGAACCUGAUGCAGAUCACUACUCCUGCAUAGUUGAUAUACUUAGCCGAGCUGGUCGCCUGGAAGAAGCAUAUGAUUUUAUACAGAAAAUGCCUUUAGAACCAACUGCUGGUGCUUGGGGAGCAUUGCUUGGUGCAUGUAGAGUACAUAAGAACAUGGAAUUAGCAAAAAUUGCAGCAAACCGGCUUUUCGAGAUUGAACCUAAUAACCCUGGAAACUAUGUACUAUUAUCCAAUACUUUUGCCUCUGCCAAACUAUGGGACGAAGCCUCAGAAAUUAGAAACUUGAUGAGAGACAGAGGAAUUACAAAAGAACCAGGCUAUAGUUGGAAGCUUCAUGCUGCCUUUGGAAUACUUAAUUUGAUUGGGAUAUCAUCAAUUUGUGUCAUUAAGAAUUUGAGGAUAUGUGGAACUGUAAUAAUGCCAUUAUUAAGACCAAGACUGUUUUAUGCAAAUCAUGGUCAAAGAUCAAUGGGUAUGGCCAUUCCAGGGAUGCGAAUUGUUCAUCACACUUUUUAGUAAAUUUCCAACUCCACCUAAUGGGAGAUAUGCUAUCCAGGAGGGGCACACGUGGCAGAGGAUCGAAGCGGUUUCUAGUUAAAGAGAUAAUAGUGGAGAGCAUGAGGAACAGCCCAUCUUGAUCUGCAUAUGCUUGAUUUCAAAGUAACUGAUGAAGUGUCAAUUAAUAAUUAGAAGCUGAAUAUAGAUUUUGGGAUGAUUUCGAGUGUGACUAAUGGAUGAGAGCAAGAAGGUUAGUUUUUGAAACGAAAAGAGUUAUCAUAUAACUUUGCUGGACUAGCUUAUUAGUAGAAUCAUUAGCCUAAACUUUCAUGGCAGCAACACUGCUUGGCUUCCAAGGUGGUUGGGUGAGAGCUGGUUGUCUAAUGUACUGUCAACUGCCACACAAAUCUUGAAGUUCUGAGGCAUACAUUUGACAUGAGAGGGGAUCUUUCUAACUAGGAUUCCAUUUCCAAGUUGACUAGACUGUAAAGCUCUAAAUUCUAAUGGCAGCAGCAGCAAUCGGGUUUAAUGAUGUAAAUCACGAAUUUUCUUUUAUAUAAGUGGCAUUCUUUUGAUGUUCUCGAAAUAAAUUGUGAACGCUUAACCUGAAUGUACUUAACUCCUAAACAAGCUAUGAUGUUCUGGGGUCAUUUGUAUUACCUCAAUGUAAUUGACUAUACUGCAACAAUGCAGAAAUGUAGUGUGAAUUCAUUAUUAGCUGAGAAAAUGAACUGCAGUAAUUAUUUUCAUA